CACACUGCAGGUCUUCAACAGCAUGAACAGAUUGUACACACUUCAUUACAGUCACACAGUGACAUUGAUCCCUAUGUGUUAUGUACAAGCUGAGGUCUUUGCCCACUCCUGUAAGGUCUGCAUUGUGAUGAAUUCGUCCUGUUUCUUGCAUAUUAUACACAGGGCUGGAAGGAUGGGGCCAGAGCUCAUGAUGGGCAGGCCUGACCUGGGUGUAAGUUUCUUUGUCGGACUCUGAGUCGUCCUGCUCGAUGUUGAUGGUAUGGCCUCACUUCUUGAGCGGUCUUCCGUAUUAUCUCCCCUCUCUCCUUCUGACUGACACCUGGACUAAGAUCUCAAAGGCACCGGGACCAGAACCACACACCAGAGCUGAAUUCUUACAAUAUUCUCAGGAAAUCACACUGGAUCCAAACACAGCAAACAGAUGUCUGUUAUUAUCUGACGGAAAUAGAAAAGUAACAGUGCUGAGUGAAGAUAAGUGUUAUUCUAGUCAUCCAGACAGAUUCACUGGUUGUCAUCCUCAGGUCCUGAGUAGAGAGAGUCUGUCUGGAUGUUGUUACUGGGAGGUGGAGUGGAGAGGAGGAGUUAGAGUAGCAGUCACAUACAAGUAUAUCAACAGAGCAGGAGAAUCAGUUCAAUGUUUGUUUGGAGACAAUGACAAAUCUUGGUUUUUAUAUUCCCAAAUCAGUUGUCAUUUCCGUCAUAACAGUAUCUGGACUGGAGUCUCAGUUCCUGAUUCCUCUGCCAGAGUAGGAGUGCACCUGGACCACAGAGCAGGUCUUCUGUCCUUCUACAGAGCCUCUAACACCAUGAUUCUCCUCCACAGAGUCCAGACCACAUUCACUCAGCCUCUCUAUGCUGGAGUUUGUCUGUAUUGUCCUGGAGACACAGCAGAGUUCUGUAAACUCAGACUUGAGUUUUUUCAGCUUUAAAUCUUUGAACUUUCUCAUUGCUGUCAUCAGCUGUCAAUCAAAACAA